CACGUUUGCGAUAUUUGCGGCAAGAGAUACCAAAUGCGACGGGAAUUUAAAGAGCAUAUGUUGCGACACGAAAAUCGUGGUCCUGGUGUUAAGUGUACAAUUUGUCCAAAGGCAUUUUAUAAUAACCGUAACCUUAGAGAGCAUAUGGCCGUUCAUCGGAACGUGCGGGACAAAAUAUGUGACGUCUGUAAUAAAGGAUUUACAAGUCGGAAACUACUUCGUCAACACAAACACGUUCAUGAUAAAAAGAAAUUUGUAUGCAAAAUUUGUGGAAAACGAUUUGCGCAGUUCGCUGGAUUAAGUGGGCAUGUAAAAUCGCAUGGAAUAUGUUUAUCUGCUACUAAGAGUAAUAAUUAUGAAUAAACCUGUAAUUCAUUUGUACUUUGGUUUAAAGAUGGAAUACAUCCAUGACAGCAGUACUUAUUUAGUGCUGAAAACGUUAAAGGUGCAUGAAUUACACUGGCACGUAAAAAACAGUGACGUGUGCUUUUAACCAGACCCACCUACCGACAUGUACUUCAACCCGCUGAAUCCGAAUCUGAAGUCCGUUUGACUCGUAAGCGUCCUGAAU